CCGUGGGUGACACAACAAGAGCUGAAAGACUCUCAGCCACCCAUGAGGUUCCCAUAGGACAUUUCCCUCGAGCACUCGUAUCUGUCCUGUUCUCAAGAAUUCAUGCACAGGAUAUAACUAGCAUAAUGCUUGUUAUGCUCUAUACUUAAUAAAAGUAUAAUAAUUGCCUUAUUAGGUGAUUUAAUGAACGGUUAUCCCUUCGUUACAACCGUUGACGCCCACCAAAGAAAAUGAACUACAUUGGUGCGACAUUAAAAUCUGGGGUUAGAUGGAUUGUUCUGACUUGAGACAUCGGCAAGGACCAACUGCAAAUGCGGUCCAGGAUAAAAGGAGCAAUACUUGAGACAUCACGCAAACAACUUGUUGUUGAUGUUUUCGGGACCUGCCAAGUAUUCACGCUUUCGUGACAAUAGAACCCAUAAUGUUCGUUGGUUCAUGUUGUUAUUGCUAUAUUAUAAAUGGUGUUUCCCCUUUUCUUAGGUCUGUUACGAGCAUGCCCGUUGUCCAUGUGCCCAUCAUAGAUAUUGAGGUCCAUCAUGUUCACCGUCUUGUCUCCCAGCUAUGACAAAUAACCUGCAGCCUCGGCCAGUCUACCUUCACAAAUACGCACAUUAGGAAAAAUGAGCACUGCAUCAACCUUCAAAGGACUAGUAAAGUCCACCUAUUACAAGUCACCUGCAACAGCGGAUCUUCAACCAGCUUACAAACAUGAUAUAUCUGAACAAGGCCGCACUAUUGAAGACGAUCGCCCAGCUGAAGAAGAACCAUUGGAGUGCUUGGUCUAUUAUCUCUUUUCACAUUCCAUCUUUCGGCCGGCUCGAAAGCCACUGAUCCGCUACCUUCGGGACCAAGCCACCAUCAAGCCUAUUCGCCAGAGUCCGUCGCUUGAGAUCAUCACCGACCUACCUUCAAUGCUCUUCGGAAGCCUUCCGUUGUUGAUAUCGAUAUGGGCAUUGACUAGCUACUGUUGGAUCCCUUUAUGCGGACUGAUGAUAUGGGAGCGUACGGGCUCUGAUGUCGUAUAUGAAUGCCUGUCAUGGAUCUUAAAAGGGUUUGGGACUGUGGUGAAUGUUAUGGGGAGAACAUAUGAGGGCAUCACUACGAUAAAAACUUCUGCAGUUAUAUCAAACGGAGCUCGACGGGUUUUGCAGUGGGUAGACGAACAGAUGGAUGACGAUGAAGCGCUCGGGAGUCUUUUAUAUCCCCAUUGUGGGACCUCCUAGCACAGCAAUGGUCAGAAUACGAUAAAAGAAAUGGCAUAUGAUACCAGUUAGAUAAAGAGUAUAUUGUCGACGUAAUGAUAGGAUGAAGAAUAUGUGC